AUGAGCUCCGUGGUUAGGAAAUCCUUGCCGCAGCUCAUCAGGCCAUCGUCGGAGGAGCUGGAGAUGAAGACGACUACCAGUAGCAUAGACCUCUCAUCCUUCGACAAGGGUUUUAGUGCCAUGCCAGCGACAUGCUUCCUCGUGUUCGAGCACCCAAUCGACGAGCCUGCCGAGACUAUAAGAAGGGGCCUCUCCCGUGCACUUGCCUACUACUACCCCAUCGCCGGGCGCCUUGCCCCGGGGGGCGGCGGCGACGAGGCUCGUGUCGAAUGCAACGGCGAGGGCGUGGUCUUCGUUGAUGCAUCCGCAGACUGUGCCCUGAAGGAAGCAAAAUUCUUCAACAACGACCCUUCAUCCGGUGCAACGACGCUACCAGACGACCUCGCCGUCUACUACCCGCACGACAGGUGCGGCUGCGCCGACCCACUGCUGAUGAUGCAGGUGACCGUGUUCUCCUGCGGUGGCUUCGUUGCCGGAGUCACAUGGAACCACGCCAUUGCCGACGGCGCCGGGAUGGCCCAGUUCUUGCAGGCCGUAGGCGAGCAUGCGAGCGGGCUGCCAGCACCGUCUGUCGUCCCAACCCGGUGCGACAGCUCGCUGCCAGGCCUCCCUCCGGUGAUCGCUUACGCGCAGCGGUCCAUGAUGGGCCUGGCGCCAAGGGACUUCGCUUGCUUGGAGUACACCGUGCCUUCGAGUUUGAUCAACAGCAUCAAAGACGAGUUCCAUGGCCAUGCGAAUGGUGGCCAGCCAUGCACUGUGUUCGAAGCGGUGACCGCUGUGCUAUGGCAGUGCCGCACUCGUGUGGUCAUCUCUGAUCCAGAAGCCCCCUCCCUGCUGUUCAUCGUAUCUAAUGUGCGCAAGCACGUCGGGGCCAAGGAUGGCUACUAUGGUAACUGUGUCACUGGGCAGCUCGUCGUCGCGACGUGCGGCUCGGUGGCGAACGGACCCAUCUUGGACAUAGUGAAGAUGAUAAGGCAUGCCAAGGAGCAGAUCACCAAACAGCUGAAGGCCGGGAACGAUGGCGGUGGUGGUGGCGACAAGCCGCAGGCUUCGAAGCAGCCUGAGGACAUGCUUCGGUACAACUACAACCUCCUGAGCGUGUCGAGCAUGAGAAACAUCGGCCUCGACGAGGUCGAGGUUGGCGGCAGGAAGCCGGUGAGGGUGAUGUGCCGUGCCCGUGUGCCACACAUGACCGUGCCCUCCUGCGUGGUGUGCCUGCCAUGGAAAGGGAAGGAUGGGGCCAACAUGGUCACCCGCUGUGUUAGGGAGGAGCACGUUGAAGCCUUCCUUGGGGAAUUGGCAAGAUUCACAUGA